AACACCUUCGAGAAAGAAGCUGUCUUUUUGUUGUUUGCUGGGGACCUCCAAAAGAAAUAAUCGUUUCACGCGAAAACCUACGCAAAGCGCAGGAUGGCGUACUACAAGGGAGCCGCCUCGGAGGGUGGCCGCGCGGCCCAGCUGAUGAAAAGGCGCGAGCUGGCCCAACAGGAGGUCGAGUUUCGCAAGAAGAAAAUUGAAGAGGACCUGAAGGUAAGCAACAUCGAACACAAAUUUGCAGCCCAUUACGAUGCGGUGGAGCAGCAGCUCAAGAGCUCCACCAUCGGGUUGGUCACCCUGGAUGAGAUGAAGGCCAAGCAGGAGGACAUCGUGCGCGAGCGCGAGAAAAAGCUGGCCCAGAAGAAGGAAGAGAAGGACAAAGAGAAGCUUAAGGCGCUCGAGGCGAAGCUGGCGGAGAAGGAUCGCCAGAAGCGACAGAUACUGGCCCUUUCGUUCGAUCCGGACGAUGAAAACGGGGAGGACGACGACAACGACGACGACCAAGAUACGGAGGAUGGGAAAAGGAAACAUUCGGGCGAGGACAGUGAGACCGACGAGAAAGAGGAGAUACUCUCCUGGCGCGAUAAGGUACCGAGUGGUACCAAGAAAAUUCGCAAAAACCCCGACGUGGACACUUCGUUCCUGCCGGACCGUGAGCGCGAGGAGGGUGACAAUCGGUUGCGCGAAGAGUUGCGCCAAGAGUGGGCCAUGAAGCAGGCGGCACUGAAGGACCAAGAGAUUACGAUCACAUUCAGCUACUGGGACGGUUCUGGCCAUCGUAAAUCGGUCGCCAUGAAGAAGGGCAACUCCAUCUACCAGUUUCUGCAGAAAUGCCUCGAGAUGCUGCGCAAGGACUUCAGCGAGCUAAAGACGGUGAUGGCCGACCAGCUGAUGUACGUGAAGGAGGAUUUGAUUCUGCCGCACCACUACACGUUCUAUGAUUUUAUCGUAACGAAAGCGCGCGGUAAAAGUGGUCCGCUGUUCAACUUUGACGUGUUCGACGAUAUCCGUAUGAUCAGCGAUGCGACGGUCGAAAAAGAGGACUCACACGCCGGUAAGGUGCUGCUGCGGUCGUGGUACGAACGUAACAAGCAUAUUUUCCCCGCAUCCCGCUGGGAACCGUACGACCCGACGAAGGUGUACGAUAAGUACACGAUCAAGGAUAAAAGCAAGAAGUAGAAAGACUAGAAGCAUAAGUUAGACGACCCCGAAUACAGCUGUAAGUGUUCCAAAACGGGGUCAGUUUAUUGUGAAUCUGCCAGAAAGUUGCCGGCCCAAACUAAAGUACACGCGACUGGGCAGCGAAUGAAAGAAAGCAAAAUUAAAUAUUUAAAUGUUUAUAACUCGGCUCAGUUUCUGCACGCGGUUCAGUAGUAUGUCGCCCUGUUUGAUGGUGGCCUGAUACUGCCAGUUUUUGCUGUCCGGCC